ACACUUCAAAUUGCAUCUCUCCCUAUUAUAAAACGAACAAAUCUUCAUGUUGGGUAUAAACAAUUCAAAAUAUUAGCACUCGGAGAACUUCUCAUUGGCUAUAAAUAAGCUCCUUCUUCUGUUAAGACAUCAGAAACCAAACCAUGGCUAGUGCUGCUGAGUCUUUCACCCCCCUUCUUCUGAUUUCUUCUCUCCUUGUAGCUUCUUGGUUUUGUGCCACUGAAGCAAAAAGCACUGUUCCUGUUGUGCAGGGUCUGUCUUGGACAUUCUACCAGUCUAGCUGUCCAAAAGUUGAAUCCAUUAUAAGGAAACAGCUAGAAAAGGUGUUCAAGAAGGAGAUUGGCCAAGCUGCUGGCUUGCUUCGUCUCCACUUUCAUGACUGCUUUGUUCAGGGAUGUGAUGGUUCAGUUUUGCUUGAUGGAUCAGCCAGUGGUCCAAGCGAGCAGGACGCACCUCCCAACCUUACCUUGAGAGCAAGGGCAUUUGAGAUCAUUGACGACCUACGCGAGCGCGUACACAAGGAGUGUGGCCGUGUCGUCUCUUGCUCUGACAUUCUAGCAAUUGCAGCUCGCGACUCUGUUUACUUGUCUGGUGGUCCAGAUUAUGAUGUUCCCUUGGGAAGGCGAGAUGGUCUGAACUUUGCAACACGAAAUGCAACCUUAGAUAACCUGCUGCCACCCUUUGCUAACGCCGAUACAAUUCUCUCAUCUCUCGCCGCCAAAACCUUUGACCCCACAGACGUGGUAGCCCUGUCCGGCGGCCACACCAUUGGUAUAAGUCAUUGCAGCUCUUUCACUGACCGCCUCUAUCCAACCCAAGAUCCUACCAUGGACAAAACCUUUGCCAACAAUCUCAAAGGCAUUUGCCCCGCGAGUGACUCCAAUAGCACUACCGUGUUGGAUAUUCGGUCCCCUAAUAAUUUUGAUAACAAGUACUAUGUCGAUCUCAUGAACCGCCAAGGCCUGUUUACCUCGGACCAGGACUUGUACACGAACAAGAAGACAAGGGGCAUUGUCACUAGCUUUGCUGCUAAUCAAAGUUUGUUCUUUGAGAAGUUUGUGGUUGCAAUGAUCAAAAUGUCACAGCUAAGCGUAUUGACCGGAAAACAAGGUGAAAUUCGCUCAAGUUGCUCGGUGAGAAACUCAGGCUCCAGCUACUUGGAGUCUGUGGUGGAAGAGGGCUUCGAGGCACUGUCAGAAUUAAUAUAACUAAUGAAGUAAAACUCCAAUAACAUGAAAUGCCAGGUUCCACUAGCUAAGAUAAAAAAGAGUUUGGGGCGGUUGGAUCGUUGUGAACAUGUUGCUGUUUUUCUACAAAUGCUGCUUGUUCUUUUCGUUUCUUUUCUUUUCUUUUUGAUAACUCAAAGGCUGCUUGUUCUUAAAGUAGUCGAGUCUGUA